CGCGUGCCCGCGCUCUGCACGUCUUUGGACUUCGCACUGCUCUCUAUUGUACAACAUGUGCCAGCAGCGCCCGUCGGCGCUGCGACGCGAGGAGCGAGGCCACGCGGCGCUCGGCGAGGGCGGCGCCGCCUCGAACGCGGGCGCCGCCGCCGCCUCCAAGGAUCCACCUCGUCGGAAGUGGUCGUCCGGCGCCGAGUUUACGAUCGCCUGCAUCGGGUACGCGGUGGGACUGGGCAACUUUUGGAGGUUUCCGGCGCUCUGCUUCAACAAUGGCGGUGGCGCGUUCCUCGUGCCGUACACGCUAACCCUGCUGCUCAUUGGGAUGCCCAUUUUCCUGCUCGAGCUGGGGAUGGGGCAGAAGUUUCAGAUCGGAGGCGCCGAGCUGUGGAAGCGGGUCCACCCCUCCCUCGGCGGCCUCGGCGUCGCCUCCAUCACCGCCACGGCCAUCGUCGCUGUCUACUACAACGUCGUCGUCUGCUGGGCGCUCUGGUACUUCUUCCGCUCCUUUGCCUGGGACGGGGUGCUGCCGUGGGCCGAGUCUCGCGGCGGAGCCCUCCAGUUCUGGGAGGUGGACACGCUGCACUGCCGCCCCGCCCAGAACCUCUCCUCGGCCGCGCCAGAAACAUGCGCGUGGGGCGCGGGCACGACCUGGCCGCAGGAACCAGGCUGCCUCGCCCUCGGCUGGGUGCUCGUCUGGCUCUGCGUCUGCAAGGGCGUCCACUCGGCGGGCAAGGUCGCCUGGUUCACCGCCCUCUUCCCGUACGCUGUCCUGCUCGCGCUGCUGGUUUGGGUGGCGGCGGCAUCCCAAAUCUUCUACUCGACUGGCAUCGGGUGGGGCACCCUCCCCGCCUUCGCCUCGUACAACCGGCACGACCACAACUUCGUCCGCGACGCGUGGCUGGUGCCCGUGAUCAACUGCGGCACCUCCUUCCUCGCCGGCCUCGCCGCCUUCUCCGUGCCGCGAACACACGCCCCCCCCCUCGCCCUCACCGCCGAGCGCUGCGUCCCGAUCGACGAGAUGCAGAUCGAGGGGUCCGGCCUCGCGUUCGUCGUCUACCCGCAGGCGAUCGCCAAGCUGCCCGUCGCCCCUCUGUUCGCGCUGCUCUUCUUCACGAUGCUGCUCUGCCUCGGCCUCGACUCGGAGUUCUCCAUGGCGCGAGAUCGCGCGAGACCGCGCGAGAUCGCGCGAGACCGCUCGAGAUCGCACGAGAUCGCGCGUGGUGAGACCAUCCUCAUAUCUCCCAUAUCUCCCCAUAUCUCCCCAUAUCUGCAGGUCGAGACCAUCCUCACCGCCGUCGACGACGCCGGCGUCGGCCAGAACUACCCUCGCGCCGUCAAGGCCGCGGCCGCUUGCCUCGCCAUGUUCGGCGUCGGCCUGCUCUUCGUCACACGCGGCGGGCUGCACUGGCUCGAGCUGGUCGACGGCUACGCCGCCAAUCUGACUCUCUUCAUCGUCGGGGGGGUGGAGUGCCUCGCCGUGGGGUGGGUGUACGGCGCGGACCGGUUCGCCGCCGACACGCUCGAGAUGGCAAAGACCAAGCUGCCAAAGGCGCUGCCCUGGACCCGACGAGCACCGACUCAGCGCCGGCUCACAGCUAAGAGACGCUUCCCCCCCCCCCCCCCUCCAAAGGCGCUGCUGUGGAACUACAAGCUGGUCGUGCCGGCGCUACUCGCCGUGCUCACCGUGCAGGCGUUCGUCUCCACCGCGACGUCAAAGGUCCACUUCCCGCCGUACGCCGUCGCCCUCGGCUGGUGCCUCGCCCUCGCCUCGGCGCUUCCCAUCCCCCUCCUCGCCAUACGCCCGCUCUGCUGCCCGCCCCCGUACGCCUCCGAGGGCCUCACGUCCCCGCGCGAGAGGGCGGGUCUGGUGGGCAAGCUCGCCGCCAGCCUGCACCGGCUGUCGAGGAGCCUCUCCUUUGGCGCCUCCUCGCGCGGCGCCUCCUCCGCGCCCGCGCCGAGCGGACUGCCGCCCGAGCUCUCCACGGAGCGAGCAGAUGUCGAGCUCGCAGCGGCGCGGGAGGAUCCCCUGGACGCUGACGACGCCGAAGCCCUCUAUUCACCCAUGUCUCGCGCAGCCAUCCUCUGCGCGCUCGUCGCAACCUCCACCACGGCCGCUCCGACCGUCAACGCGCCGGAUGAGAAGGGCUUCUCCUUUGGCUCAGGCAAUAGCAUCGGCGUUGGCGUAAACGUCUUCACGAUAUCGACCAGCGCCUUCAUCGACGCGUGCUGUGACGUCGAGCCUUUUGCGCGCUCCAUCGUUGGCAAACAGCUGUGCGGCUGUGAUGCAAACAGCUGCGAACAAACGGCUCGCCACGCCAUCAACAUCCUCUCCAACAACGAGCUCGGCGUGGAGACCAACGUAUUCGCCAUCUGGUGGUCCAAGGUCGUGUGCGCCGUGAGGCCUGGAUCGAACGACUGCGAGACGGCUGCAGAGGACGCGGUGACGGCGACGGCGGCGGACAGUGGCCAGAUCACCUUCAACUUCCUCUCCAACAACAAGCUCGGCAUCGGAGCCAACGUCUUCACGGCCGCGGUCGAGUCCUUUGUGCAAGCCUGCUGCGACGCCGGUCUCUGCCCCGAGGAGUCGCCCUCAGUGCCGCCGCCGUCGCCACCGCCGGCGGGAGAGGCGCCGUACGACCCUCCGUAGGGCCCCUUUCUGCCCGCAGCGCUGCCAGCGGGGGCGGACUACGGGCAUCGCUUAUUACUCCGUGCUGAAGAAGCUCCCACAGCAGUGUCGCUGCGAUACUGUGUCCCAGUACACCGUGGCGCCGGUCACAAGCGCGCGGCGCUCAGAACAGACGACUCUCUACUGUAUAUUAGAUCGUCGGUGUUCACUAUCAGAGCCCCCCGGGCCCCGGCGCGCACGGCCGCACGCGCGACGAUGUGUCAUUUAAGUUUCUGCAUCACCGUCAAUUACGUAC